AUGGCUCAAAUUAAGGUCAGUUGGAUAUGGGAUAACACUCGAAGUAGAUUAGAGAAGGUUAGCUGGCAUCGUCUUCUGUGGUUUCCAGGCCACAUUCCUAAAUUCUCAUUAAUCUCAUGGAUGACAAUUUUAGACAAAUUGCCUACAAAAGACAAGCUUGCAAGAUUUGGUUUGACUGUUGAAGACAAAUUGCCUACAAAAGACAGGCUUGCAAGAUUUGGUUUGACUGCUGACAAUGGUUGUGUACUGUGUAACUUUGGUCUUGAGUCUCGCAAUCACCUCUUCUCUAAGUGUGUAUACGCGAAGGGUAUAUUGUGUGAUGUUCUUCACUCUUGUGGUCUUACCCAAGAGCCCCUAUGUUGGAGUGAUAAUCUCCAAUGGAUGUUGCAGAACCUCAAAGGCAAAUCUCUUAUAGUUCAUAUCCUCAAGCUGGCUGGGACUGGACUUGUUUACUACACUUGGGAGGAACGUAAUCUCAGGCUUUUCAGAGGUUUGGCUCCGUCGAUUAAAACUAUUGGGAUAUAUGUUGUGUAG